UCUCGCGAGGCUGCAGGCAGGGCUGGGCCCGACAUGGCGGAAGAAGAAGUGGCUAAGUUGGAGAAGCACUUGAUGCUUCUUCGACAAGAGUAUGUCAAGCUGCAGAAGAAACUGGCAGAGACAGAGAAGAGAUGCAGUCUUUUGGCUGCACAAGCAAACAAAGAAAACAGCAGUGAGUCCUUCAUCAGCCGUUUACUGACGAUAGUGGCAAACCUCUAUGAGCAGGAGCAGUACAGUGACCUGAAGAUAAAGGUUGGUGGCAGGCAUAUCAGUGCUCACAAGUUUGUACUGGCAGCCCGAAGUGACAGCUGGAGUCUGGCUAACUUGUCUUCCACUAAGGAGCUGGACUUGUCAGAUGCUAAUCCUGAUGUGACAAUGACAAUGCUUCGCUGGAUCUACACAGAUGAGUUGGAAUUCAGAGAGGAUGAUGUGUUCCUGACUGAAUUGAUGAAACUAGCAAAUCGGUUUCAGCUACAGCUCCUUAGGGAGAGAUGUGAAAAAGGUGUUAUGUCUUUGGUGAAUGUUAGGAACUGUAUUCGUUUCUAUCAGACUGCAGAAGAACUGAAUGCCAGCACAUUGAUGAACUACUGUGCAGAAAUUAUUGCAAGUCAUUGGGAUGACUUGCGAAAGGAGGAUUUUAGUAGCAUGAGUGCUCAGCUGUUAUACAAAAUGAUCAAGUCUAAGACAGAAUACCCAUUACAUAAGGCUAUCAAAGUGGAGAGAGAAGAUGUAGUCUUCCUUUACCUGAUUGAAAUGGAUUCUCAGCUACCUGGGAGGCUGAAUGAAGUGGAUCAAGAUGGAGACCUUGCCUUAGAUUUAGCCCUUUCACGGCAGCUGGAGAGCAUUGCUGCCACUCUGGUCAGUCAUAAAGCUGAUGUGGACAUGGUAGACAAGAAUGGCUGGAGCUUGUUACAUAAAGGAAUCCAAAGAGGAGAUCUCUUUGCUUCCACGUUCCUCAUUAAGAACGGAGCCCUUGUCAAUGCUGCUACAUUGGGUGCCCAAGAGACACCAUUGCACCUUGUGGCAUUGUACAGUCCAAAAAAACACUCAGCCGGUGUGAUGUCUGAGAUGGCUCAGAUUGCAGAGGCCCUCUUGCAGGCUGGUGCCAACCCCAACAUGCAGGACAGCAAAGGCAGGACUCCAUUGCACUUAUCCAUCUUGGCCAGGAAUGAAUAUGUGUUCAAUCAGCUGCUGCAGUGUAAACAGCUAGAUUUAGACCUAAAAGACCAUGAGGGCAGCACAGCUCUGUGGCUUGCAGUGCAGUACAUCACCGUGUCUUCAGACCAGUCCGUAAAUCCUUUUGAAGAUGUCCCCGUGGUUAAUGGGACUUCAUUUGAUGAAAACAGCUUUGCAGCCAGACUGAUUCAGCGUGGCAGCAACACGGAUGCGCCUGAUGCAAUGACAGGAAAUUGUUUACUACAGCGGGCAGCUGGGGCAGGAAAUGAGGCGGCAGCUCUUUUCCUGGCAUCCAAUGGUGCCCACGUCAACCACAGAAACAAAUGGGGAGAAACCCCCUUGCACACUGCAUGUCGGCAUGGGCUGGCCAACCUCACAGCAGAGCUCCUGCAACAAGGUGCCAACCCAAAUUUACAGACAGAGGAGGCUCUGCCUUUGCCAAAAGAGGCUAUGACCCUGACUGGCUGCACAGACAACAUCCACCUGCAGACACCACUGCACAUGGCAAUUGCCUGUAACCAUCCUGAUGUGGUGUCUGUCAUUCUGGAACAGAAAGCCAAUGCUCUUCAUGCUACCAACAACUUACAAAUUAUUCCGGACUUCAGCCUCAAGGAUUCUCGAGACCAGACCGUGCUGGGCCUGGCGUUAUGGACUGGUAUGCACACAAUAGCAGCUCAGCUGCUUGGCUCUGGGGCUUCUAUCAAUGACACCAUGUCGGAUGGGCAGACUUUGCUGCACAUGGCCAUACAACGUCAGGAUAGCAAGAGUGCACUCUUUCUUCUGGAGCAUCAAGCAGAUAUAAAUGUCAGGACUCAGGAUGGGGAGAUGGCCCUUCAGCUGGCUAUCAGAAAUCAGCUUCCACUUGUAGUCGAUGCCAUAUGCACCCGAGGAGCUGACAUGUCGGUGCCAGAUGAGAAAGGAAACCCCCCACUGUGGCUUGCCUUGACCAGUAACCUGGAGGACAUUGCAUCCACUCUGGUCAGACAUGGUUGUGAUGCCACAUUCUGGGGUCCAGGUCCUAGCGGGUGCCUUCAGACACUCUUGCACAGAGCCAUUGAUGAAAACAACGAGUCCAGCGCCUGCUUUCUUAUUCGCAGUGGCUGUGAUGUGAAUAGUCCCCGGCAACCAGGUGCUAAUGGAGAAGGAGAAGAAGAGGCCAGGGAUGGGCAGACACCCCUGCAUUUGGCAGCCUCAUGGGGACUGGAAGAGACUGUGCAGUGUCUUCUGGAGUUUGGUGCUAAUGUUAAUGCACAGGAUGCAGAAGGAAGAACACCUGUCCACGUGGCCAUCAGCAACCAGCACAGUGUCAUCAUUCAGCUGUUGAUUUCUCACCCUAAUAUCCAUCUGAAUGAACGAGACAGACAAGGGCUCACCCCCUUUGCCUGCGCCAUGACUUACAAGAAUAACAAGGCAGCUGAGGCCAUCCUAAAGCGAGAGUCUGGGGCUGCUGAGCAGGUGGAUAACAAAGGUCGGAAUUUUCUUCAUGUGGCAGUUCAGAACUCUGAUAUUGAAAGCGUCCUCUUCCUGAUCAGUGUCCAGGCCAAUGUGAACUCUAGAGUCCAGGAUGCUUCCAAGUUGACCCCUUUGCACCUUGCUGUACAAGCAGGCUCAGAGAUCAUUGUCCGCAAUUUGCUUCUUGCAGGAGCCAAGGUGAAUGAAUUAACGAAGCACCGCCAGACUGCCCUCCAUCUUGCUGCCCAGCAGGACCUGCCUACCGUUUGCUCAGUCCUCCUAGAGAAUGGGGUAGACUUUGCUGCUGUGGAUGAGAAUGGAAAUAAUGCUCUUCAUCUUGCUGUCAUGCAUGGUCGACUCAACAACAUCCGGGUUCUUCUGACAGAGUGCACAGUGGAUGCUGAAGCCUUUAAUCUGAGAGGCCAGUCACCACUGCACAUUUUGGGGCAGUAUGGCAAAGAGAAUGCAGCAGCCAUCUUUGAUCUCUUCUUAGAGUGCAUGCCUGAGUAUCCUCUGGAUAAGCCAGAUGCAGAAGGAAACACAGUGCUGCUCUUGGCAUACAUGAAAGGGAAUGCCAAUUUGUGCCGUGCUAUCGUCCGAUCUGGGGCUCGCCUUGGGGUAAAUAAUAACCAAGGAGUCAACAUUUUCAACUACCAGGUUGCCACCAAGCAACUUCUGUUUAGACUAUUAGAUAUGCUGUCCAAGGAGCCGCCGUGGUGUGAUGGCUCCAACUGCUAUGAGUGCACUGCCAAAUUUGGAGUAACAACUCGCAAACAUCACUGUCGCCACUGCGGACGUCUUCUUUGCCAUAAAUGCUCGACCAAGGAGAUUCCUAUUAUAAAGUUUGAUCUGAACAAGCCUGUGCGAGUAUGCAACAUUUGCUUUGAUGUACUGACUCUGGGUGGGGUCUCUUAGUGAGCCCCCAGUUGGGUCUAGGCCAUGGCCCUGGUCACCUCCCCAGCAGCUGCUCUGAUCAAUAUCCAGAGCAGGAGCUGACAAUGGUCUUCCUGUGGCAGGAGACAGAACAAUUAAGGACCAUGGUGUGAUCCAGUUCAA